UCUCACCUGUCCAAACUAUUCGUUUCAAAUACUUCUUCUAAGACAAUUUAUUUCUGUUGUUAUGUGAAUGCUAUAGGAUUCUUAAACCAUAGAUGCCACAGGGAAAAUACUCAUGUUGCGCAAGGGUUACUCGCGAGUAAAGUCAAUAGUGCAAGACUUGGAAUUACACUACAAACAUCAGAUAGGUUGGGCUCAACUUACCUGCCAUCUUUAUUGUGUAUUGAUAAGUAACCGAUCCAUCCCGCCCUCGUUUUGCUGAAUGUUCGCAAUUUACUCCUGCGGCGGAGAAUGGAUUGAUCCAAAAUCGGGUCCUCCUUCUCGAUGGAGACUCUAUUCGGAAUACUUCGUUUCUCAGGAACUUUUCAGCGAUCAUGCCUGACGAUGAAAUACUACAAAAAAUAUGGAAACUCACUAAUGAACUAGCAUCACAGCAACAGACGAAUCAAGAGAUGGCUUCCGACAUUCGGUCUCAAUUAUCCGACUUGAAGCAACGAGCCAAUGCUUUGCAGACCACCAAAGAGCAGGAGAACGUGAACUCUUCAAUGUUCAAUCACUUGGAGCAAGACGUCUCAGCCGAUCUUGCUGUGGCCUGUAUUCUAGCCAAGCAUAACGACCUGUUACAACAGCACCAAACGGUGAUGACCCAUAAUGAGGAGCUUCAAGCAGAAAACUACGAGCUGAAAACCUUGCUGAGGGAAUACGAAGCCGGCUUGGAAACCGUUGCCUCGAAACUGAGGAAUUACGGGGGCAAUUUUAUGAAUAAUCAACUACGUAUGCGUCGAGAGUAUGAGGCGCUCUUGGAUGCGGAAAAGGUAUGGACGACAUGAACAAACAGUGUGGAAUGAUCGGUAAUGAUGGGUUGCGAAAAAACAGGGCACAACAUCGGCAUUAUUCAUCGAGAAUACCAUGUUGCAGAAUCAAUUGCAACAGCUAGCAGUAGCUGUACGCCAGGCCUAUGACAGCGAUGUUCCAGAAAAAGACAAUACUUUAGUGGCACAAUUAAAGGCGGAAAAUGCAGCAUUACGACAACUUUUAAGCAUAUCAGAGACAUCGGACAAAGCUGAAUCAUCCCCAUCACAUUCAGCUGCGCUUCCGGAUGAGUAGCAUCAUACCCACAGCAUGACCUUAAUCUUUAACAACACCUUAUUAUUUCAUUUCUUUUCUACACAAUAAAGUACCUUUGGGAAAAGGUACACUCUAAAUAUCCGC